AUGCAUCUAUUUUUCUUUUUUGAAUUUUCUAAGGGUCGUACUGGUACAACUUUUGGUAGUAAAAAAAUAGAUGAAUAUGAUGAUCAAUCUGAAGCAAUUGAUGCAUUUCAUCGAAUAUUUUUUGAUAAAACUGGUAAUCAAUGGACCGAUCAAGAAACAUUUAAAAAGUUACCAAAUAAACAUUAUCCAUUAGAAAUCGAUUUUGGACAACAUGGUGAUAAUGAUCAAAUACAAAAAAUGUUGAAUGAUCCAAAUUCAAAAAAUCGUUCUCAUCUACCACAAUCUGUGCAAGAUCUAAUCCGUUUGAUUUUUAAUGUUAAGACAAUGGAAGAAACAUUACUAUCAUUCGAAAUUGAUUUAACAAAAAUGCCUUUAGGUAAACUUUCACGCAAUCAAUUAAAUAUGGCUUAUCAAGUUCUUACUGAAUUACAAACAUUAAUUACAAGUGGUUCAACAAAUAAAACAUCAAUUGUUGAUGCUACUAAUCGAUUUUAUACACUUAUUCCACAUAAUUUUGGUCUUAAAAAACCAAUAAUUCUUGAUAAUAUCGAUUUAAUUCAAUCAAAAACACAAAUGAUUGAUAAUUUACUUGAAAUUGAAAUAGCCUAUUCAAUGUUAAAAGGAUCGAUAGAUGAAAAAGAUGAACAUCCAAUUGAUGUCCAUUAUAAAAAAUUAAAAUGUAUAAUUGAACCUAUCGAUAAGAAUACAGAAGAAUUCAAACGAAUUGAACAAUAUAUGAUUAAUACACAUGCAUCGACACAUAAUACAUAUACAUUAAAAUUGAAAGAAUUAUUUAAAAUAAUACGAGAAGGCGAAGAUGAUCGUUUUCAAAAAUGA